AUGUCCCAUUUUGUGCUGUUUCACUGGACUAUGAUACAGAUCUUCAUAGUGCACACUGCAUCCCAAGCUGUUGUUAGAGGAGUAAUAGGGAAACCUGUUCAGUUGUCUUGCUCCUACCGCGUGGCACAAGAUAAGGACAUCUCCGAUAUGUGCUGGGGCAGAGGCCCGUGCCCAAAAUCAAAGUGCACUAACAAAAUUUUGCACACCACUGGGAAUAGGGUGACGUUCAGAAAAUCUCAGAGAUACAGUCUCCGGGGCAAUAUUUCCUCUGGAGAUGUGUCUCUCACGAUUGGGAGAGUGAAGGCAGAAGACGCAGGUACAUACUGCUGCCGCAUAGAGAUCGCGGGUUGGUUCAACGACAUCAAACGGAAUAUACAGCUGGAGGUCAGAGGUGAGUUUGGGGAGACAGCAAAUGAUUCUUUUCCAGCAACUAUAGCGACAACCAGUGCUCUCCCAGAUUUUUCAACUGGUUUCCAAGCAGCUGACAUGAGGACUGAAGAUGACGACAUGUUCUGCCCAUCAGAAUCUGUCACUCUUCCUGGAGCAACAACCCCACCAGUGCCAACCAUGCUUCAGACCCCAAAGAGAACCCUUGCUCCUUCAGGUAAGGGAACAAGUUCGGACAGCAAUACUAAGAAGCAUGAUGAUAAUGGAGAUAAGUUUCCCAGCUAUGCCAUUCUCAUUGCCUGUCUCAUAGCAGUGUCCAUUAUUCUCAUAUUGAUGGUCUCGUUGUUCUGGAAACGUAAACACACAAAGAAGUUUAUAAUAAAAAGCCUUGGACCAGCAGAAGACCUUGAAAAAGUUUUCAGUGGCGCUGAAGGAGAAAACAGCAUUUUUUCCCUGUGA